AUGUCCGAACAUAAUGGAGAAGAGAAAACCUAUGUUGGCUGUGAAGGCCCUGAUGCUACGUAUGUCAAAUUAAUAUCCUCUGAUGGCCAUGAGUUUAUUGUAAAAAGAGAACAUGUGUUAACAUCAGAAUCAAUAAAAGCCAUGUUGAGUGGCCCAGGUCAGUUUGCUGAAAACGAAACCAAUGAAGUCAAUUUUAGAGAGAUCCCUUCACAUGUAUGCAUGUAUUUCACCUACAAGGUUCGUUACACUAACAGCUCGACUGAGAUUCCUGAAUUCCCAAUUGCACCUGAAAUUGCACUGGAACUGCUGAUGGCUGCGAAUUUCCUAGAUUGUUAA